AAAUAAAUCCAUUCAUUGAGUAAAAUAGUAUACGAAAACACGACAUCGUAGUGUGAAUUUGUUUCAUUUUUUUCCUCAAAGUUUGAAAUUAUUAGCAAGCAAAAAUGGAAGAGCCACAAACGCCGUCACGGCUAACAAAUGACGAUUUUCGUAAGUUGCUCAUGACGCCACGAUCUUCGUCAUCAUCGAGCCAUGCACCAGGCUCGAUUCGUGAGGCGAUGGCAAAGUCAUCGAGCGGUGUUAUCAAACUUGAUAUGCCACCACCAUCCGAGAGACACGAGGCCCGUCGAAAAAAGAAGAAUUUCUAUGCCCAAUUAAAGAAGCAAGAGGAUACAAAACUACAAGAAUUGGCUGAAAAAUACCGCGAUCGUGCCCGUGAGCGUCGUGAUGGCUCCACUCAAGAUUAUCAACCAAUUGAUCCGACAACUGGUGCAAACGCAUAUCGUGCUGUAGCGCCCGAUUCAAAAUCAGGCCUUGAUGCAGCCGAACGUCGUCGUCAAUUAAUUCAAGAGUCAAAAUUCUUGGGAGGAGAUAUGGAGCAUACGCAUUUAGUCAAAGGGUUAGAUUAUGCUUUGUUGCACAAAGUGCGCAGUGAAAUUAUUGAGAAAGAAAAAGAGCAAGAAUUUGAAAUGGAGAAACUGGCAGAAAUGGCCGAACAAAAAGAAAAUGAAAUAAAAGAUGGUGAACGUAGUGGCAAAGAGGAGCCAGAACAUCGAACUAUAAUGGGGCGAAAUAUCUUCAAUACAAUUCAAUUUUAUCGAUCUCGUAAUGUUGAACGCAAUGAACUUUAUGCACCGGGAAGAAUGGCAUAUUCGUAUGAUGUCACCGAAACAGUUGACGAAGUCGAAUCCGAUAUUCCAACUACAUUAAUUCGAUCGAAGGCUGAUGUGCCGCAGAACGAAGAAGACUUACAUACAUUGACUACAAACGAUAUUGUUAUCAAUAAAUUGGCACAAAUUCUAUUGUAUUUGCGUCAAGGUGGAAAGGGAAAGAAAAACAAACGUCGUGACAAAGAUAAGCCAUUGCUGCAAGAUGAAGAUCAGGCGGAAGCACCGGAUAAUGAACGAAAUCGUUCGAGCCGUGAUAAUAAAAGCAGUAAAAAAUCGAACGAUUUAUCGAUUUAUGAUGAUAUAGAUGAAUAUCGACCAUCACGGCGAGAUGAUGGCGCCUCAUCGAGCAAACACCGAAAUCGAAAUUACUUUGACAAAUCUAGUGAACAAGAGGAGCGUGAAGCUGGCGGUAUCACAGUGCCACCACCACCGAAAAUCAAUUCAAAUCUCAUCUCAAAGCUAUCCACGCAAGUGGAAGGUUAUGCCGAGUGCUAUCCUGGUUUACAAGAAAUGAAUGACGCUAUUGAUGACUCCGAUGAUGAAGUCGAUUACACAAAAAUGGAUCUGGGCAAUAAAAAAGGGCCGAUUGGUCGUUGGGAUUUCGAUACACAAGAGGAAUACUCGGACUAUAUGAGUUCAAAAGAAGCGCUACCAAAAGCCGCAUUUCAAUAUGGCGUUAAGAUGCAAGAUGGUCGCAAGACUCGCAAAAAUAAGACAGAGAAAAAUGAAAAGGCCGAAUUGGAUCGUGAAUGGCAAAAAAUUCAAAGUAUUAUUCACAAACGGAAAAAUAAGGAAGGAGGCAGCUCAAGAGAUGACGAGCCAGAAUACAAAGUUCCAAAAUACUAACCAUUUUACAAUUAAAAACAAUCAUAUUCGUAGAUUUUAUUUUAGCCGAUUUAACAUGCACAUUCGUGUGGUUUUUUAUUUAAAAAAAAAAAUUAAAAUUCAUUUGAAAUAAACAUUUUUCCCGA